AUGAUGACCAACAAACCUUGCAAUGCGAAUGAUGAAGAUAUUGUGGACGGGAUGGUCGGAGUUGGAAAGCCACUCACCGACCCAACAUCGAUAUCGUACUGUCUCCAACGGAUUCGAUUAGGCGAAUUUUGCCGCGAAAUCACAGAUUGUGCUCCGUUUGGAAUUUCAGAUCCGGGAAGCCCGGACUAUGAGCACACGAAACAGAUUGAUGGCAAGAUUUGUGAAUUCGCAGAGAGUCUACCCUCGUUCUUUUCGUUAGACUAUCGGUCGGACGAGCUUCCAAACACCGAUCCUCGGAGAUCUCCCAGAAUAAUCAUACAACGAUACAUCAUCAAUUUUCUGCUUCAUGCCCAAAGAUACAGGCUUCACUUGCCUUAUUUGUCGCGAGCGUCUAAAGAUCCUACAUACAAUUACUCACGGAGAGCAUGCCUGGAAGCAGCUCGAAUGGUGAUUCGUACCGAACGCCAACUCUCACUAGAGGUGGUCCCCUUUACAACAAUGCGGCUAAGACUUCCAGGCUUACUAUAUUCCGUCUAUGUGGCGAUCAUUGUUCUCCUCAUAGACUUUUCUGGGAGUGAUCACCUGCAGGAACAGGAAACGGAAAUUUUGGAAGCAUUUUCAAUUCUAGAAAGGGCUAAAGAGGAACUCCCUUUUGCAGGAAGGCUGCUUAAAUCCCUUAAAACGGCUCUCCGUCGGCACAGUGCUUCGGGCUCGGCUGUUGAAGAAAACACAAUAACUCAAUCCACCGCUCAAGGCCCUGGGGCUUCUUCGGGCCUUGUCUGUGCCUCUCCAGCACCUACAAGCACAGCAUAUCCAACAGGCAGAAGCUUCGAUGAGCUUCUAAUGGACCCCGCAUUGCCUACUCUAGAUGACCUCUGGCAGGUUUUCGAUGAAAAUGUGGACUCAGGGACUGUAGACUGGAACAGCUUAUUUGCCGAGUCGGAUACUGCAUUUCUGUCUAUGUAG